AAAAUGUAAUUUAUUUAUUUAAUCGAUAAAAACAGUGGCAAAAGCGAGAAUAGUUGGCAGUCCAUCGAUUCACAUAAAUAGCGGCAGUACUCUAAACCUGAGUUGUCUGGUCAAUGAGACCCCCGGCCCUCCAGAUUAUAUAUUUUGGUACCACAAUGGAGAAGUGAUUAACUACGACUCCCCCCGCGGUAUAAAAGUUCAAACGGAAAAGUCGUCUCAAACGACAUCCAAAUUAAUAAUAAACAAAACACUGCCUAACGAUUCGGGGAACUAUAGCUGUUCGCCGUCUAAUGCGGAACCGGCCCACAUAGCUGUCCACGUCCAUAGCACUGGCAACCCGGCCGCCUCCAUACAGCACGGAAAGAGGAGUGCCAGUUUUGUGUUUAACUCGAAGGACUCAACUCUUU